GCAAGAGCCGCGCUUCGCCAGCCCGCGUCUACUUCACCUCGAUAAAUAUUAUACAACUUACCGGCGAUUGUUUUGUAAACUGACCUGUUGUGACAAGGAUUGCUUUUACUUUGACUUGUGCGGUUGAGCAGAAGCAAAGUAGGCUGUUUAUAAAAAGAUUACAACUUCGCGUCUGUACAAUGGCGAUGAAAGAAUGGCUACAACGGCUGCCCCCGCCGCGCUCGCUGCUCGCGCUGCUGCUGGCCACGGCUGGCUUCAGCGGGCGGCUGUUCGCCUCGCAUGUCACCAAUUCGCCCACGCUCGUCGUCGACACCUGCCACGCGCUGUGCCGCCUGGUGGGGCUCAUCACCACGCUCAUCGCCUACAAGUUCUCGCGCGCCGACGAGAACGCUGGGCGCGAGGGUAAGCUGCGCAACACGUUCGGCUGGGCGCGCAUCGAGGUGGUGGGCCGGCUCUCCGUGCACGUUCUGUUCGCCUCCUUCGCGUUCGCGCUCGUCGUCAACGCGCUGCAGCUCGGCGUGCACUCCUCGCACGUACAACCGCCGAGGUUUCCACGCGUCAUUGUCGCCACAGCUGUUAUAGGACUGUUGCUGCACGCGUUGAACUACAUGCUACUUGCCGGUCGCGAGUUGAGCUACAGCCGGCGCCUGAGCAUGACGGAGAGCGGCGGCGUGGUGCUGAAGCAGGGCGUCGGCGAGCCGGUCCUCGCGCACGCGCCCACUGACAUCGCCAGCAGUUUGUUCGUGAUGGGCGCCGGGCUCACGUUGGAGUGGGAGGGCCAUGCGGCAGGCAUCGUCGAUCCCGCACUCUCUGCUAUCGCCGCCUUUGUGCUUGUCUGCUUCAACUAUCCUUUCAUGCGUUCAGCGGGCAUGAUCCUAUUACAAACCGUGCCAGAGGGGCUGGGCGCGUGCGAGCUGAAGGCGGCGGCGCUGCGCGUGCCGGGCGUGCUGGCCAUCCACGAGCUGCACGUGUGGCAGCUGCACCGCGACCACGUCGUGGCCACCGCGCACGUCGCCUACUCCUCCACACAGGACUACUUGAAGACGUCAGCGCUCGUGUGUGAUGUGUUCAAGCGGCACGGCAUCGGUCUGGUCACGCUGCAGCCAGAGUUCAUGCUGACCCAGCUCGUCGGCACAGAGGAGGAGCAGACAGCGCUAAUACAGUUAGCAAAUGAAGCGUGCAGCAACCCCUGCGCGAAGGAAUGCAUCGGGCCGCGCUGCUGCCAGCCGCCUCCCAAACCUAAAGUCGCGCGGGUGUGAGCAGCCAUUGCAGCUGAAUGUUACUUGCCAUAGCUUCGCACCAAAAAUCAAAGCACCAGUGUCAGACGUAACAUUAGCUUAUCGACUAACGAAAACAUCGCAUGUAAACAAGCCGUUUGCGAACAAGGCCUAUAAUUUCCCUUUUGAGUUGAAAGGUCGGAUAGCAACAGAUGUUUUUGUAAAUACGGCAAUUCUAGUGUUUGAAAAGCGAGAGCGAAAAAAGACGAGACGGCAGUUAAAGCCUUUAUUGGCAAUAUUUCAUUUCUCCUAGCAUUUCCUACUGUUUCGGAAUCCGGGGUCUGUUUUUCUCCAAAUUAAUACGACGACAAGGCAAUUAGCUAGACUAUUAAAUUGCGGAACUCACUGUUACUUUGAUUCUUGGUAAUGAAUAGGUAGAUAGUUUUACUCAAUUAAGCUAUUUUGUUAUACAUGUAAAUAGUAAUUAAAUUAAGUAAUAGAUAAGUGAAUUCGGUACUGUAAAUUCAGUCAAAAGUGUUUAUAAUCUAUAAAAAGAUUUAAACACGAGAUAGGCACAACCAAAGAAAGUCCAUUGAACUGCCGAUGAAAACGAAGUUUCUACACGAGGCUUAGGUAAGCCUGCAUUCUGACAGUAUACCAGUGCGGGUGAAAGUGAGUGAUGAAUGAAAACAUAGUUCGCGCUGCGGCAUUACCUACUACUUUACGGUUUGCUGCGUACACGUUACAAAUGACAGUCGGGUAGGUAAUUAGGUUUAUUAUAGCCUCAUCACGAUAUUUUAAAGUUAGCAAGUUGCUAGUCAUUUAACUAGCCACAAAACUCUUUGUAUGUCACUUAAUAUUCAGAUAGAUACCUGUAGGUACCUUAUUGAAGAUGACUCUCAAAGCCCACCCCUAUCAAACUGUGCGACAUAAUCAUAUUAAGAAACGAGUAAGGUUAGUCAGUAUUUUCUGAUUUGUGGUUGAGGUAAGUGCGCCCCUAUGGGCAACUGACCGUACCCUAGCAACAAGUUGUUGCUUCCCAACUUAACAUACUCUUCCCAGAGAGAAAGGUAGUUCAAGAUGGAAGAGCGUCUAACCCAUUAUUGAAAGUUUUUGCUUGGGUAGUUGCAAUUGUCCCUAAUAUAGACACACGUGCCCCGACUGACCUUAAUACUGAUAAAACAUGAAUAUGAUGCUCAAAUGUAAGUAAUAACCUCCACAUUUAAUAAAGUUCAAAGUAAGGGCAUUCAUUCAUUCAUAGGUAGGUAUACUAUGUAAAAAUAUUCAACAAUAACAAUGUUUGUUCGUUUCAUUACUCAUUCAGACAGCUGUAGCUGUAUGUUAUGAAUCUUAUGACAGACACCUGUGCAUGGAGACGUUGUUAUUGUGAAGUACAGUCAAGGUAUUAUAUAUAGACACGAACAAAGUCCCAAAAAGAUAUACACACUACCUUAAGGGAUAGGAAUAUAAAG